GCAGGUUGUCCUUUGCGCAGGUGGCUUCAACUAACGAAUCUGAAUCCACCAUCCCGCUACUGUAGCUUCAACCGAGCUUCAACUACAUACACUACAAACCCACCUCAUACAACCAUUAGGAGCAUAACAUCGAGCUCGAACUCGACAAUAGCCAUGUUCAAUUGACCUGAUAUUUCCCUCCUAUCGUAUACGCCUAAAUAGAGAAAUAACUAUAACCCACCCCGAAUGGAGUCAGCACCGCCUCAGCAGGGCGUGCUGAGCUGGCGCCUCAGCUCGCAUCCCAUCACACUGCUAACCUUUCUCGCAUUCCGCAUCUCGUCGCUCCUCGUAUACCUCUUCGGCGUCAUCUUCACGGAUAACAUGGUCCUCAUCUUUAUCAUCACGAUCCUGCUACUAGCUGCCGACUUCUACUACCUCAAGAACAUCGCCGGUCGGCGGCUAGUCGGGCUGCGCUGGUGGAACGAGGUCGAUCCCUCCACGGGCGACAGCCGCUGGGUCUUCGAGAGCAGCGAUCCGGCGGUUCGCACUAUCAACGCCACCGACAGUCGCUUCUUCUGGCUCGCCAUCUACGCGCAACCCGUACUCUGGGUCGCUCUGGCUAUCCUGGCUUUCGUGCGCCUUAAGUUUAUGUGGUUACCCCUUGUUGCCAUUGCGCUCUCCUUGACGAUCACCAACUCCCUCGCCUUUUCGCGCUGCGACAAGUUCAGCCAAGCCUCCAAUAUUGCCGGCAGCGCUUUCUACUCGGGCAACAUCGCAGGCAACCUCGCGAGCAAUAUGGUCGGCCGCUUCUUCACCUUUGGCCGUUCGUGAUCCGCCAUUCUACACAUAACCCGAAGAGUCGAAGUUAUUUUGAAGGGGAAAAGAAAGGGAAAGGCGUACUCAAAUAUCUUUGAUACCGGUUUGAAGGGGCGACAGGUAUUCUACAGGCAUCUACUUAUCAUGGUGUAUUUCUGUCUAUUUUUUAUAGCAAACUUCGGGACAAGAGCCUGUUGUAAUACUAUGAUAUCUAUGACCUAAUGAAAUUUGCGAAUUUAGCGAUGUCUGCAAAGAAUUGUACAGGUACUUUAUUGUCUAUUAAGAUU